CAUGCAGGCUCCAGAGGCGCGCUGCCUGCGACCGCUGCAACCAUGGUGACGUCCGCGACGCUGCCGCCGCUGCUGCUGCUGGUGCUCGCGCUGUCCACCCCGCGCACAGGGUGCAGUCUGCUGCCAACCGCUGGACGACAAGACCCGGAGGCACCGCGCAGCUCUCGUGGCGGAGACGGCGACUGGCUGCUGCGAGCGUCGCGUCCGGAGCAGCGGCGCGGUGGCGUGGUGUCGGUGCGCCUCUGGUGGCGGCCGCCCGAACCGCCACCUGCGGGGCGCGGCGCCUUCCUGGUCACGUGGGAGGUGGCCGGCGGUGCGCUGCGCGGGAACCUGGUCACCGACGCCCUCUGCGCCACGCUCUCCCUGCAGCCCGCCACCGUCUUCCGCAUCCAGGUGUCGGUUCUGCACGGGGCGUCGGCGAGCAGCAGCCGGCCGCUGGUGGUGGACACUGGCCGCGCGCUGCAGCUGAGAAUGCACCACCAGCCAGAGGCGGGGGCGGCUGGGGACGGGCUGUGGCCGGGCGCCGUGCAGCUGUCGCCCAGCGCCUGCCGCGGGCCCAAGCGGGCCGACCCGUGGCCGACGGGCAGCGACCUCUGCGAGCAGAUCGCAGCCUCUGCCGCUCCGGAAGCGCUGCCUCUGCAGGUCAGGAGCUCCGCCCCAGAGACCGACCUGGAGGACGGCCCGGGGCCGACUACUCUGCCCGCCGCCGCGACGGCGAGCCGAGACCAGCCGUCAGCAAGUGGCGUCUCCUGGCUGCCGGUGGUCGAACUAAACAUGAGCAGCGACUGGCUCAACACGCUGUAG